AUGUUUGAUCAUGAACAAUUCGAAGAAAAUGAAAACAACGAAGUGGUCAUUGAAGAUAUUGAAGAAGAUGUUUUUGAAGAAUUUUUACAUUUUAUUUAUACUGGUGAAUCACCAAAUGUUGACAAAAUGCCAAUGGAGCUACUUGCUGUUGCUGAUAAAUAUCAAUUAGAUUGUCUCAAAAAUAUUUGUGAAAAAGUAAUUCGUGAAUCGAUAAAUGUUGAUAAUAUUGCAAGUAUACUUGUUUGUUCUGAUAGAUAUAAUCUCAAAAAACUAUAUAAAAAAUGUUUAGAAUUUAUGAAAAGAAAUUUACGAAGUAUUGUUAAACUUGAAACAUUUGAAAGUUUAUAA